GUGCAGAAUGGCAGCGAAAAGAAGAAAGUUUUUCGAAGAUUACGUUAAGUUUGGAAUUACCUUCAGAGAGAAAGACGAGUUGCAAUUGCCUCAGUGUGUGAUAUGUAUGAAACAUUUAAUUAAUGAUAGCAUGAGGCCCCAUCGCCUUGAAAGGCGUUUGAAGCAGCAACAUCCUACUCUGGUUUUGAAGACGAAAGAGCUUUUUUCUUAUAAAGCAGAAUCACUCAAGCGGAUGAGACUGGAUAAAUCGGGAAGUUAUCACACAGCUUCAUUUGAAAUAGGUUUUAUGAUAGCAAAGCAAAAGAAACCUCAUACUAUCAGUGAAGAAUUAAUAAAACCAUGUAUCUAAAAUCCACGCAAAUGAUUUUAGAAGAAGAUGCAGAGCAAAAAAUGAAUUCUAUUUCUCUUUCCAAUAACACAGUCAAGCGUAGAAUCAAUGACAUUGCAGCAGAUAUAAAGACAUAAAUAAUUAACAAAGUAAAAUUAUCGCCAUUUUUUGCCAUUAGUUGCGAUG